UGACGCCACCUGGACGGCGGUCGAGGGAACUACAAGCGCGAGGUAAACAAUUUUGAACCAAAUUUGCGAUAUUUUCAAGCCAUGUGUCGCGACUCCUGACGGUGUGUCCUCUACGCACAUUCCAUGUUUGCCGGAGGAACCAGAGAAGGAGAGAAGGGCGAAAUACCUCGGUUUUAUAGCGCAUUUCCUGUGAUUUCCGGCCCGAAAUACAGUGUCCCUUCAAACCCACUGUUAGAGGAACUGCUUGUUGAUUUUUUCACUGUUGUUUUUUCGCCUUUUCUCCUACCCGGAAAGUGUACGUGAGUGAGUGUUUCUCCCUCUGCGUGUGUUUAAAGGCCCGGUGUGCACCUCUCCUCUAGGCUGUGGAGUGGUGUGGAUCCCUUGGGCCUUUUAAACACGCCUUCCCAGACAUGUUCCGAUCAGCAUGUGAUUUCUUGGGGGUAGAUAACAACAGUGAUGGAGACUCUUCUAAGGAGAACUCACCCAGUGCCCUCGUCAAUGGGCAGUAUUCUUCCUCUUCAACAUCCUCUGCAGCUGUGGUUGGUGCUGGGGGAUCUCCUUGGGGUCGCACGCUAACCCCCCGUCCAGCCUCCACGCAGGGUUCUGUCCUACCCCAGAGGUUGUCAAUGGGCAAUGGCGUUGCAGCUUCUCCUGUGUCCUCAUCAACCAAGCAGAAUGUGCCAUGGAAUGACUUGAGUUUUGCUGCAGAAGUUUUAAGUCCAGGUUUUGCAAGCAGAGUAGUUAGGGAAGCACAAGCACAUAAUGGAAGAAGUCCAGGAGAGAACCGCAGACAAUAUCCAACAGCUCAAGAAAGAUAUGUUCGAGCAGGUGUGCUGCCAAAUGUGCGCCUUGGAGGGCGCACAAAGGCAGUCCUCAGUCCAAGAAGACCACCUACCUCCCCGCUUCUCCCUCUUGGCCGAUCCACAGCCACUUUUACAUCUUCACUUUCUUCUGAUUUCUUGUCUUCAGCAACACCAAGAAUGCCCGACAUCAGAUCUGUAGCUUCAGUUCUUGAGCCACCGAAUACACCAAAUGAAUGUGCCAGAGACCCAACAAGUGUUCAAGCAGUGGUAGCAGCCUUGCAACAGGCCCAGGCUGGGAAAGGUGUCAAGAGAGGAGCUUGCUAUAUUGUAAGUGAGGAACCAGAAGACCUAAGCAAAAGACAGAAGUGUAAUGGCAGUAGUAGUAUAGUCCCCACAACUUUACCCGUCAACUAUUCAAGAGAUUACUUGGAGGAGACCCAGAAUCGAGGGAGCAAUUGCACUCCAAAUGGUGGAGGUGAGAAACGUGCCCUGGACCUCAGUCCUGGGGCUCAGUCGAACACCCACCAGCUAAGCCCAGAGAAUAAGAGGCGCUGUGUGCUCGAUCCCAUGAUGGCUUCAUUCUCCUCAUCAAAGCAUAUGGAGCUAAGAAUGUCUCAGGGUAGUGGAAGAGAGACCCCAUUCUCUAUGUAUGAUUCAAGACGGGACACAGAUUCUGAAAGCAACCGCAGUGUGGAUUCUGGACAGUCCAAAGCUUCUGAACAAUCCCUACACCAACAGACAAGUGAGGCCACCGGUGGAGACUCUUGCAUGAUCAGUCCAGGACCCUCAGAACGUGACCCAUCUGACCGCUCAGGCUCACAUACACCCCAAAGCACACGUGGAGAGAGCUGCAAUGGAACAGGGGGGACAGCAAACACCUCCCGGACCUCCACCCCUAGAAACCCCACUCCGCCAAGACCCACUCACGUCAUAUCCUUGGAAGCUUACAAAGCAGAGAAGGCCAAGAGUCAGCAGAGACUCAAAAAGAUGUUGGGUAUGCUUUUCCAUGUUGAUGAAAAUGAAGAGAGUCAGUCAUCAAAGUCUGGAAGUGUACCUCAGCCAACACCAACCACAUCAUCCACCCCAGCAGCAACAUCCAUAGACACUGUAGGAACUUCAACCACAGUGAGUUCUGUAUUGAAGACCAUUGCUCCAGACAAUGCAUCAACAAGUGUGUCAAGUAGUACAACUACAACAGCUGAGACAGACAAGAAUGAAGUGACUACAACUUUCACAUUCUCUCUCAAACCACCAUCUACCUCUGUAGCAAAUAAAGAAACUGAUACAGUAAAGACAACCGAAUCAGCUGGGGAUGAGGGUGGCAGUAAUGUGUCUGUUACAGCUGUCUUGAAGCUUCCUCUCCCAGCCAGUAGUGAUGUUACAAGCCUUAGCACACCAUCUGUCUCCACAACAUCUUCCGCUGCUGUUACUCAGCCAGCAGACACAUCCACUGCUGUAACAUCAUCUAUAGUAGCAAAAAAUCCACUCUUAGCCGGUGCAACCUCAAGUGAGUCUGCCUUUGUACCCCUGAAACCUAGUUCAGACUUGAGUCAGAUAAGUGGCAUAACGCCUCUGACAGCACCAUCUAGUGCAGCUAGUGAACAAACCAAUCAAGGAAUGUUUAGUUUAGGGACUACCUUAUCAAAGACAGCAUCUCAGAUCAGUUCCAGUACAGCUGUGUCCUCAGCCUUCAGUUUUGUUAUUCCUGGUUCUAACAAGUCAUCCUCGACUCCUGCAGUUAGUACAGCAAGUGCAACAGAUGGUAAAAAUCCAGAAAACCAGCAGGAAAAACCCAAAGUUCCUGGUGCUUUUACUUUCGGCAGUCAAGCUGCUCCUGCAAAUACAGGCACUAGUAGUCAAGGAGUAUUUACUGCUACUGAUCCAAAAACAUCACAGGGAUCAUCUGCAGUGCCUCCUGCAAGUUCCUCUUCUCCUUUUACCUUUGGUGCUGGAAGUGAUGCAGUAUCCAGUCAGAGCUCUACAUUCACUUUUGGUCCCAAAACUACUCAGACUGAGGCUUCCACACCAAGCCUUGGGUUCCCUUUUGGAUCCCAAGACGCCAAAGCACCAGCAACUUCAACACUGACUUCAGGAGCUCAGACAACUUCCGCAGCUUCCGGUUUCAGUUUUGGAACAUCACCUGCUCCUACUGUUGCUGCAACUUCUGCUCCUGCUCCUACCCCUGCUCCUGCCUCUGCCCCUGCCCCAGCUCCUGCUCCAGGAGGUUCAUCUGUUUCAGCUACCUUUACUUUCAGUCAGGGAUCUGCUGCCCAGACAUCUGCACCUAGCACAAGUUUCAACUUUGGAUCAAGUAUAGCACCACCAACAACUGUCCCUGCUGCAGCAACAGGUUCUCCUUUCCAGUUUGGAGCUCCAGAUCCUAAAUCAACAACCACAGCAGCAAGUAUACCUUCAUUUACCCCAAGUACACAGAGUACUUCAUCUUCAAGCUCCUUAUUUAGCUUUGGAGCAGCAGCAGCAGCAAAGCCCGCACCAGCUGCUACAUCAUCUAGUUCUCCAUUCAGUUUUGGAACAACGAAAGCAAAUAAUCCUCCCUCUUUUGGUGCCAGUGUUGAUACAGCCAAACAAACUACACCAAGUGGAGCAUUCACUUUUGGUUCUACUCCAGCAGCUGCUACUACCACAGCUACAUCAUCAGCUGGAUUCAACUUUGGAUCUUCUGCAGGAGCUACAGCUGCACCCACAUCAACAUCAACACCGGCAACCUUCAACUUUGGAUCUCCAGCAGUAUCACAGGCUUCUUCUGCUUUUCAGUUUGGAUCUACAGAUAAACCUGCUCCAGUUGCUACAACAUCAAGCAGUCCAUUUUCAUUUGGUAGUGCUGCUAGUAAGCCUCCUAGUUUCGGUGCACCAACAAGCCAGACACAGUCACCAUUUAGCUUUGGUUCAAGUGCUGCUACUGGCCAAGCUUCAGUCCCAUCUUCAGCUGCAGCCCCAGCUCCACCCUUUGGUUCUACUACAGGACAGGGCUUUGGUGCUCUGCCAACAAAUACUCAAGGUUUUGGAGCACCAACAACAAAUCCACCAGCCUUUGGUUCAACUGCAAGUACGCCAGCAUUUGGUACACCAAAAACCACCCCUUCAUUUGGUGUACCAACAACAGCACCUCCAGCAUAUGGUGCAACAAGCAGUCAAGCAAGCACUCCUUCAUUUGGAACUGCAACAAGUCCACCGGCAUUUGGGGCACCUGCAACAAGCACCCCAGCUUUUGGCUCAACUACAAGUACUCCGGCCUUUGGAUCAACUGCCAAUCCUCCUGCAUUUGGAGCACCAGCAACAACUGCCCCAGCUUUUGGAGCACCAGCACCCAGCUUUGGUAGCACAGCCACAAGUGCAACAUCUCUAUUUGGCUCAUCUACAGGCUUUGGCUUUGGAGGAGCUCAAGGGGGCGGCAAGGCAAGUACCCCAGCAAACCCCUUUGAAACAGCACAGGGAGCAACUUCGCCUUUUGGAGGCACAAAUAACCCAGCACCAGCAGCAGCUCCGGCUGCCACUCCAGCUCCAAGCUUUGCCUUCCAGGCUUCACAAACUCCUUCCUUUAACUCCCCAGCCUUUGGGAGUAGCUCUACACCAAAUGCCAAAAGCACGCCAUUCCAGUUUGGUCAGACAGCAGCUAGUCCCCCAUCAUUUGGUGCCACGCCUGCAGCAGGAGGGACAGCUCCUCCAGGAGGGCCAGUGUUCCAGUUUGGCAGUGCCAACCCACCUUCAUUCAAUGCAGGGGCGUUUAAUUUUGGUGGACCGUCAAUGCCAGGGGAUACUCAAAACAUUUUCAGUGUGGGUAACAACCCAGCCUCCGCAGCUCCAAGAAGAACGCGGGCAAGGGCUCCAAGACGACACCGCUAGCCAACUUACACUUGAUACCCAAACAGUGAUAAUGAUGAAACCCUGCAUCCUUUGUUACGGAUGCCCUUGGAAACUUCCUUACAAAGCUGUUCUCACAGCUCUAACCUGUGGUUCUCGAGGGUAGGAUCAAAAUUAGCCACAUGCAGCAGCUGCCCAUGAGGAUACAAAAGUCCUAGCUAGGUGGAGUGGCAUUUCACAUGUCACUUCGUAGCCUGUGCUAAAUGUGUAGACUUCUUAAGGGCUGCAACAGGAUGUGGCUUCCUUUUUACAGCUCUGUGGAGACACAUGUAAGCACAAGGGUUAUAGAAAUGUCAAUUACGUGCUUGCUUAACAUGAACUGCUUACUGUGAAAAAGGACUUGCAAGUGUAUAUUUAACCAAGGUUGACAAUAUUACCUAAUAGGAAUCCAUAAAUGAAAGUGUUAGUAAUCCAUAUCAUAUCAAAUGAAUGUAUAAUAUUGUAAGUGUGAGUGUUCAGUUAUUGUGAACACUUUGCUGUAAUUCAGCAAAGCUUUACUGUGUAUUUUGGUUUAACAUCAGUUGACUUUCAUAAAUAUCAUAUUUGUCCAACUAAGAAGCGAUGCCUAAUGGUUACCAAAAAUAGAUGUGUUACUGAACAUUCAAUAAUAUCAAGCAAUUUUCCAUAUUUAGAUUAUCAGUUUUGGUGGCAUUAUUUAGACCAAUAGAGCUGCUUCUAGCUAACAUACAUAUGUAUAGAUAUAUAUAGAUAUAUAUAUUUGAUUUAUAUCUUCUUUCUUUCUUUUUUCCUUUUUGUGUUCUUUUUCAUAAGGGUAUAGGGUCUCAUACUGCUGUGUAAUUUGAGUGCUCCUGUAAUAACUCGACAUUUAAUAGCAAAUAAUUAUAUCCCAAGACAAGUUUCAGAAAAAUCCCUCUUCUUUUCUUUUCUCUCACAAGCAGUUUAUAUGAUUUCAGACACUUUCUUGAGUAUAUUGUUAUGAUAAAGGAGCCUUUUCAAUCUGUUUAACAUCCACCAGAAGGUAAACUAUGAUAGACAAGUCCAGCAGUUGGGAAUGAUUUUUUUUUUUUUUUUCUUUUUUCUUUCUUUCUUUUCUUUUCUUUUUUAUACUUUCAUAAUUUUAGUUAGCAAAGAGGCACUCCAUACACUUGCAGCCUUUUGCCCUUUGAAAACAUUUUGCCUUUUUUGUGAUUAGUGUCAGUGUAAGAGAAACUUAAUCACUGCCCUUUGCAGCUUCUAUUCCAACUGGCCCUGUUAAGUGCCACAUUCUUGUGGAUCACUAGCAACAUACUUAGGUGUUGUGGUUUGUGAAGAAGACAGGGAGGAGGGGGGAGGGGGGUUAUGGGAAGAAGAUACCUGUUCCCAGAAUUAUUCAUAUUGAUAUUGUCUGUGUUGGGGAUUGCAGGUAUUAGUGAUUAUAUGUCAGCCUAUAUGGUAAUUGUACUGUACUACUGACAUUUUUUAGGUGUUCAGUUCAAUGAACAUGCAAAAUCACACAAUGUUGCGUUUCGGUGCUAACUCGUUACAUAGUUCAUGAAACCUUUUCCUGCUGACCUAAUAUUAUUGUAGCACCUUGCUAAUUUAGAAAUAAACAAAAAAUGCCAGAGUACAUACCUCCUUGUCUCUUGUAAUGCCAAGUUGAAUAGGUGUCUAUUGUUGAUGUCCUCCCAUGGACUGGAUUGAAAUGAAUAUGUCCAAGCUCUCUUCCUCAUUUCAUAGUUGUACAUUUUCUACAACUUGAAUGAUAUAAAUAUUUCUGAUCAGAAGUUAAUACUACAUUUUUUUCCAUUGUUAUUUGUACUUAUCAUUAUCAUUAUUGCUACAGAACAUACUUUUUUAUACAUUGAUGUAUUUUUUAAAACUUUUUCAUUGAUUACAUUUUGAGAAGUUAUUGUUAUUAUUUAUUUUACUUUUAUUCAUAUAUUUUUUUCAUGACUGGUAAUUAUAUGUAAGUAUAUAUAUAUCCACAUAUAUUUUUUCCCCAGUUGUAGGUAAUAAAUAGAAAGUUGCCACUUGGGUUCUUCAGUUCUUGAGAUGAUGGUGGCCUAUCUGAGUGCACUCAUCUUAAGGCAUCAAGCAGAGACCCCUUCCUGAGAUUAGUCUGUCCAUUACAGUGUCUGUUUUACGAAUUCUAACUCCCAGUAUUAGAGAAACUUUGCCUAUCCACGAUACACGUGCCUUCACUCGAUAUUUGAAGUUGCUCCGCUUGUCUAACAAAGAGGACGUAAUAUUGGUAAAACAGACAAUGUGUCCCGAUUUCCUUUUGAAGACCACAACUCUGGCUGAUAUUGUGGCAGAAGAAGCCCUAGGAGGGUUUUGGUCAAGGAUAAAUGGGUGUGUUCAAAAUGGAUGCAGAAAGGGUUUGAUAGAUAAUGCAAUAGGAUUUUUUUCUUACAGAGUGAGAAAUACAAUGUGUAAAGGGAGAGGGGAGGGGUAAGAUUAUCCUUUCUGUGGUCUAUGACCCAUUCUUGGAUACAACAAGAAAAAUAUGAUGCAGAAUUGCAUUAAAAAUCUUUUUCUUUUUUUUCAUUGGUUAGUAUGUUAAUAGUGCAGAAAGCUCAAAUUGCUUGUCUGUGGUGUAAAAUCUGGUUGUUCAAUUUCCUACUCUGUAAAUUCUUUAAGGGUUAUAUAAGCUUGUAAAGAUGUUAUGCAUUUUAAGUGCUUGUCCUUUUCCCCCUUUUAUUAUUACUUUUCCACUUUUCCUUUUCAUCUUGUGGACCACAUCUGUGAUUCUGAAUAUUGUCACAGCAUUCUGUCUUUUACUUCAGACCAUAUCCCUUUUUCAAAUGUAUGCCCCAACUUUGAAUUCCCAGGUUUUAUGUUAGGCUGUUUGUCAACUGGACUCCUUCAGUUGUUUUAUUGAAUAGAUUAUUUUAAUAUAUAAAAGAUACAAGAAUGAAAUCAUGUUAAUGCAUUUUGAUGAUGGCUGUGCAUAAUAGAUACUUCACUGAAAUAUGUCCAGUUAGCAUGUAGCUCUUAGCUGUAAAAAGGUUUGCCCUGGAGUUGACUCAUGCCCACUCAGUCAAGUCUUGUGGAAUCUGUUAGGUUUUGCUAUUAAGGAACUAAUGCCAGUUUCUAGUUGAUUAUUGCUUGGCAUUACAUUUAUAUAUCAUGCAAUGAGGUAAAGCAAGGCUUUUCUUUUUUACUUUUUUUCAUACUUAACCUUUAUGUUUGGUAAUGAGGAGAAAGGAAUCGUGAUAAUCCUAGCAUAUAAAAUGAGCAUUUGUUCAUUAUGGAGAUAAGCCAUAGACCCAGAGAAUGUGAGGUCAUUCAAACCACACUGUGGAUAGAAACCCUCCCCAAGCAGUGAAAAGGAAGGGCUGACCAAACCUUUCGCUUGAAAAUUCACCUAGGGUAUAGUGCAAGCAAUAUCAUAUAUAGCCUCGUUAUGUGCUCUGUUCAGUAUAAUAACAAUUGUAAUGUUAAUGAUGAUUUCAAGUCCCAUUGUUUGUGCUCACUGCAUGAUGGAUAUUCUGAGUAAUGUACUCUUUCUAUAAGUGGGAUUUGUUUUGAGAAAAUCUUAAAGACCUCUGCACAACUUUUGUCCUUAGGCAAGGUGUGGUGAUGUCGAGGAAUAGUCAUUAAGCUAACAUUGGCAACUUGGGGUUUGCUUUCCGAGGCAGCCCACAGGUUGGCAUGGGUGCAUUAUCAUAGAGAUAUUUUGAUAAAAGUUUCUGGGGUGGGGGGGUGGUUAAUCUAUUCCAAAUACUAGCCUAGACUUGGAUGAUUUAAGAGUUUCUGUAAUCCCAAAGCAAAGGCCCUAGAUGUUUGAGUCUCCAUUGAUGUUCUAUAUAUAUAAUCUUGAAGGGGGGCACAACUUAAAACUGGGUGCAUGUUACAAGACGUGCCGGCAUGCUGUAAAGUCAAACCCAUUGUGUUCAAAUUCCAUGUGAUAUAUAUAUAUAUAUAUUUACAUUGUGUAAAGUGUCAUUAACCUUUACCUACUAUAUUUUCCUUUUUUAUAUAUAUAUAUACAUAGUACAUAAUGUUCAAAUGAUCUGUGUAUAAGGUAACAAAUAUACAUGUAUGUUACUAUGUCAUUACCUGCCAUACUGUGCAUGUCUUGUAUGUUUUUCAAAAUAGAAAAAGCUUCAGAAAUAUAUUAUUUACUACUUUGUUGAUUACCUUGUAAUACUAUUGUGCACUGGAUGGAUAAUAUUCUCCCUUCUUUUAACUAAACUACUCAUUAUGUACAUUAAUAUUUCUGAAGUACAGAUGAAUAUUUUGUUACAAGAUUUCCUAUGUUAUGUAUAUAUUUAGCCUCGUAACACCAUGCGUUUUAUUGUAUACAACAUAACCGAUUAGUUUCUGAAUAAAUCCCAGUGAGUCCCUCUUCAAGUUGUUAUCUGUGAUAGUCAGGGAUUGUUAUAAACUAGCAUUUUUUUUAAUUAAUUUUUUCAACUGAUUAAUAGUUGGUUUGUUAGGAUGAUUAUGGAGAGUCAAUCAUAAUUAAUUAAUAAAAGAUGUUUUUGUGUUGCGUGUGUAUCACUACUCUAUCCCCUCUUGUGAAGAUAGUGGGAAAGAUGUAUUUUUUUAAUGAGGAGCAUAUAAGUAAGAAAAGGAAACAAAUGUCCCUUGAUUUUGAUAAUGUGAAGACAAUGAUCUACAUAUACAUUUUGGCCUGUACAAGAUCACUGUGCUAAUAAAUCAUCAGCAACCAAGGAA